AUGAACCGUCAUGUUGACCCCGAGUCGGCUCAGUCGACCUCGACUUCUAUUAUGGCCGACGAUGCCCAACUCCUAGCCAAAAUGGGGUACAAGCAGGAACUCCGCCGACAAUAUUCCACCCUACAGAUCUUCGCAGUCGCCUUCAGUAUCAUGGGGUUGGUACCUUCGAUUGCGUCGACGAUAGCCUUUUCGUUGCCUGCCGGGCCGGUCGGGAUGGUUUGGGGAUGGUUUACUGCGAGUAUUUUCAUUUUCUUUGUGGGAUUAGCCAUGGCGGAUAUGGCCUCCGCCAUGCCUACAGCCGGCGGCCUAUACUGGUGGACACACUAUUUCGCCGGCGAGAAAUUCAAAAACCCACUAAGCUUCCUAGUCGGAUACAGCAACACCCUGGGUCUAAUCGGCGGGAUGUGUUCAGUGGACUAUACCCUCUCCCUAAUGCUGCUAGCAUGCAUCUCCAUCAGCCGAGAUGGGGAGUGGUCCGCCUCGAACGGGACAAUUUACGGAGUCUACGCUGGUAUGAUCCUCCUACACGCAUUAUGCGCCAUAUUCGCAGGGAAAAUCAUGCCGCGCAUCCAGACCUUCUGCAUCUUCAUCAACAUGGCGUUGAUAGUCGCCACGGUGAUCGCUCUCCCCGUGGGAAAACUCGCUCGCGGCGGGUCGCUCAACUCGGGAUCGUAUGUUUUCGGGAAAGUUGAGAAUCUAACGACCUGGCCGACCGGAUGGACGUUCAUUCUGGCGUUCAUGGCGCCGAUCUGGUCGAUUGGGUUUUUCGACUCGUGUGUGCAUAUGAGUGAGGAGGCGUUGCAUGCUGCGCAGGCGGUGCCCCGUGGGAUUAUCUUCUCCGCGGGGUGUGCAUGUUUUCUUGGGUUCUUGGUGUUGGCGAUUAUUGCGGCGACGAUGAAUCCGGAUGUUGGGGCGACGUUGAGUUCGGUUUAUGGGCAGCCGAUGGCGCAGAUUUACCAUGAUGCCCUUGGGAAGAAAGGCGCUCUUGGAUUCAUGAGCGUUAUCAUCGUGAUUCAAUUCCUCAUCGGACUGAGUCUGAUUGUAGCAGCCUCCCGACAAGCCUGGGCCUUCUCCCGAGACGGCGCCCUCCCCUUCUCUCGUUUCUUCCGGCACAUAAGCACACGCAUCCAAUACCAGCCCGUGCGUGCCAUUGCCGGUCUCGUCGCCGUAUGCAUUGUUUUCGGCCUCCUAUGUCUGAUCAACUCGGUCGCUGCGAACGCUCUAUUCUCACUAUUCGUGGCCAGUAACUACGUCGCGUGGGGCACACCCAUCCUGUGUCGACUCGUGUGGAACCAGCGGUUCACUCCGGGGGAGUUCUACACUGGACGAUUCAGUCGUGUCAUUGCCAGUGUCGCUGUCGUCUGGUUGGUGUUCGGACUGGUCUUGUCUAUGUUUCCAAGUAUGGGACCGAAUCCGACGGCGUCGACGAUGAAUUAUACGAUUGUGAUUAAUGGGUUUGUGUGGAUCGCCAGUAUGGGGUAUUAUUUCCUGUCUGCGAGGAAGUGGUAUACGGGGCCGAAGAUGACGGUCGAUUCGGAUGAGUCUGGGAAGUAG